AGAGCCGCUGCGGUGUCGCGCGUGCGCCGCGUGCCGGCCGCCCCCUCCUCUCGCCCGUAGGUGGCCGGUGGCGCGGGCCCGCCGCCGCCAUCGCCAUGUCGGCCGAGCAGGUGAGCAGCCUUUGCGAGCAGCUGAUGAAGGCGGUGACAGUGAUCAUGGACCCAGCCUCCACGCAGCGCUACCGUCUGGAGGCGCUCAAGUUCUGCGAGGAGUUCAAGGAGAAGUGUCCCAUCUGCGUGCCCUGUGGGCUGAAGCUGGCGGAGAAGACGCAGACGGCCAUCGUCCGGCACUUCGGCCUGCAGAUCCUGGAGCAUGUGGUCAAGUUCCGCUGGAACAAUAUGCCUCGUUUAGAAAAGGUUUAUCUAAAGAACAAUGUCAUGGGCCUCAUAUCCAGUGGAACUCAAAGUAUUCUGGAGGAGGAAAGUCACAUUAAAGAUGUUCUGUCUCGCAUCGUGGUGGAGAUGAUCAAGCGUGAAUGGCCUCAGCACUGGCCUGACAUGCUAAAGGAGCUGGAUACCCUCUCCAAGCAAGGGGAAACUCAGACGGAACUGGUGAUGUUCAUCCUCCUACGUUUGGCAGAGGAUGUGGUGACUUUUCAAACUCUGCCUACCCAGCGACGACGAGAUAUUCAGCAAACCCUCACCCAGAACAUGGAAAAGAUCUUCAGCUUCCUACUAACUACCCUGCAGCAGAAUGUUAACAAGUACAGACGCAUGGUUGGAGCACCCCAGGAACAAGAAGCCCUCACCACUCCACAGAAGACUGAUCUGGCUCAGGAGCCAAAGGCCCAGGCAAAUUGCCGCGUGGGAAUAGCAGCACUCAACACCUUGGCUGGCUACAUUGACUGGGUGGCCCUGAGCCACAUCACAGCAGACAACUGCAAGCUCUUGGAGAUGUUGUGUCUGCUCCUAAAUGAGCCUGAGCUCCAAAUAGGAGCAGCAGAGUGUCUCCUGAUUGCUGUCAGCAGGAAGUUUUGGAGAUCCCCAAGUUGGAGGUCCCCACUGACUUUUUUUUCCCCCACUUUCUAUGACUGUGAAGUGGGAAAUAUUGUCACCAGCUGUGUCAUCUGGCAGCUCAGAGAAAUAACAGCAGGAUCUAAACAAGGUAAGCUGGAGGAUCGGAAGCCUCUGAUGGUCUUGUUUGGAGACGUUGCCAUGCACUACAUUCUCUCUGCUGCCCAGACAGCAGAUGGAGAAGGCCUGGUGGAGAAGCACUAUGUUUUCUUGAAGAGACUUUGCCAAGUUUUGUGCGCAUUGGGCAGCCAGCUGUGUGCGUUACUAGGCUCAGAUUCUGAUGUGGAAACGCCAGCCAACUUUGGAAAAUACCUUGACUCGUUUUUAGCCUUCACAACCCAUCCCAGCCAGUUUCUGCGCUCUUCCACCCAGAUCACAUGGGGAGCCCUCUUUCGUCAUGAAGUUCUGUCUCGUGACCCCUUGUUGCUGGCUAUGAUUCCUAAGUAUCUCCGUGCAUCUAUGACAAACCUGGUGAAGGUGGGCUUUCCCUCUAAAACAGACAGCCCCAGUUGUGAAUACUCCCGCUUUGAUUUUGACAGCGAUGAGGACUUCAAUGCCUUCUUCAACUCUUUCCGAGCCCAGCAAGGAGAGGUGAUGAGGAUGGCUUGUCGUCUGGACCCUCAAACUGGCUUCCAAAUGGCUGGUGAAUGGCUGAAGUACCAACUCACAGCUCCUGUUGAUACUGGACCCAUGAACUCUAAGACAGGCGAAGGUCUCUGCUCCAUCUUCUCUCCAUCCUUUGUGCAGUGGGAUGCCAUGACCUUCUUCUCGGAGAGCGUCAUCAGCCAAAUGUUUCGAAUCCUGGAUAAAGAUGAAAUCCCGGUGAAUGAUGGCAUAGAUCUGCUGCAGCUUGUCCUUAAUUUUGAAACAAAGGAUCCUCUCAUCCUGUCCUGUGUGCUCACCAAUGUGUCUGCUCUCUUCCCAUUUGUCACUUACCGACCAGAAUACCUACCGCAAGUACUUUCCAAGCUGUUUGCUUCAGUUACCUUUGAAGUUAUAGAAGAAAGUAAGUUUGUUGUGUCUGUCCAGGCUCCUAGAACUCGAGCAGUGAAGAAUGUGAGAAGGCAUGCAUGCUCCUCAAUCAUAAAGAUGUGUCGGGAUUACCCUCAGCUUGUCCUGCCAAACUUUGAGAUGUUGUACAACCAUGUGAAGCAGCUGCUCUCCAAUGAGCUACUUCUGACGCAGAUGGAGAAGUGUGCUCUUAUGGAGGCCCUCGUCCUCAUCAGCAACCAGUUCAAGGACUAUGAGCGGCAGAAGGUUUUUCUGGAGGAGCUCAUGGCUCCUGUUGCUGGCUUAUGGCUCUCCCCGGAGAUGCAGAGAGUCCUCUCGGAUCCUGAAGCCUUUAUCUCCUAUGUGGGUGCAGACAACAAAAUUGCCGAUCCAGUCUUGGAAGAUCCUAGUGGCCUGAACCGCUCUAGAAUAAGCUUUUGCGUGUACACCAUUCUGGGAGUUGUGAAACGAGCUCGUUGGCCUGCUGCAACUGAAGAGGCGAAAGCUGGAGGAUUCUUGGUGGGAUACAUGCCCAGUGGAAGUCCAAUCUACCGUAAUCCCUGCACUGAGCAGGUCCUGAAGCUUCUUGACAAUUUACUUGCUCUUAUAAGGACUCACAACAAUCUCUACAUGCCAGAGAUGGUGGCUAGGCUGGGGGAAACAUUUGCAAAGGCCUUGGACAUGCUGGAGGUGGAGAAGAAUGCCAUCCUAGGUCUCCCUCAGCCUCUGCUGGAGCUUUAUGACUCUCCUGUUUACAAAACGGUCUUAGAAAGGAUGCAGGGCUUCUUUUGUACCCUGUACGACAACUGUUUCCACAUCCUGGGAAAUGCAGGCCCCUCCAUGCAACAGGAUUUCUACACCGUUGAGGGUCUCGCCACUCAGCUCCUCAGCUCAGCUUUCAUCAACCUCAACAACAUUCCUGAUUACAGACUCCGUCCCAUGCUCCGUGUGUUUGUGAAGCCCUUGGUACUCUCCUGCCCUUCAGAAUACUACGAAACCCUUGUCUGCCCCAUGCUGGGACCACUCGUUACCUAUCUGCAUGCGAGGUUGUCUCAGAAAUGGCAGGUGAUCAACCAGCGAAGCAUGCUCUGUGAGGAUGAAGCUGCAGAUGACAACCCUGAGUCUCAGGAGAUGCUUGAGGAACAGCUGGUCAGGCUGCUGACCCGAGAAGUCAUGGAUCUCAUCACUGUUUGCUGUGUUUCUAAGAAAGGUGUUGAGCAUAACACUACUGCUGCUGUAGAUGGAGAUGAUGAUGAGGCGAUGGCCACAGAGGUGACUCCACCUGCCAGCGCAGAGCUCACUGAGCUCGGCAAGUGUCUAAUGAAGCAAGAGGAUGUUUGCACUGCGCUGCUGAUCACUGCCUACACAUCCCUCUCCUGGAAGGACACCUUGUCCUGCCAAAGAACCACAACACAGCUUUGCUGGCCAUUGCUCAAACAGGUGCUUCCAGGAAACCUCCUGCCCGAUGCUGUGUCCUGGUUUUUCACAAGUGUGCUGAAGGGCUUACAGACACAUGGGCAGCACGACGGCUGCAUGGCAGCUCUUGUCCACCUGGCUUUCCAGAUCUACGAGGCCUUGCGCCCUCGCUACGCUGAGCUGAAGGCAGUGAUGGAGCAGAUCCCAGACAUCCAGAGGGACUCUUUGGAGCAGUUUGAUUCAAAGCUUCUGAACCCAACACUGCAGAAGGUGGCAGACAAGCGCCGGAAGGAUCAUUUCAAGCGCCUCAUCACAGGUUGCAUUGGGAAGCCCCUCGGGGAGCAGUUCCGCAAGGAGGUUCAUAUCCGGAACCUCCCAUCUCUCUUCAAAAAGGUGAAGCCAUCAUUGGAGACGGAUGUGCUAGAAAAUGAGGAUGGAGAGGGCCUCACUGCACUCUUUGAGCCCUGAGCCUGGGAUGCUGCAACCAUCUCCUCCCCUACCUUAUAUUUUGUCUCUCCUCAUAGUAAGCACAUUAGAUUCUCCUUGUCAUCGCCUCCACAAGCAUAUGUCUGAAUAAAGCCCCUUAUGGGUCAUGUCCCAUGCUCCUCCCUACACUGGGAUGGGGCCUGUGGUGGCAUUUGAACCAGUCUAUUAAGCUUUCCCUGAUUCCUUCCCCUCCCCUCCAUUGGAAGAACAUCUUUAGACUUCUGCUUCUCUGCAAGGUGGGAGCUGAGCCCAUAGACUCCAUUAGGUAAAGCCUGGUCAUCCUGUAGCCUUGGGUCACUCUUGCUCCACCUCUUCAUCCCUUGGGGUUUAAGAUUAAUGCAAAAGCCAGAGUAGUGCACCAUGUGAAAAGGGGCUACCCUAAUCUUCCUCUGGGUGCUAGUAGCCAGGCUUUGUAGGGAACACAUCAGACACUCCUGUCAUGCCUGUCAGCACUUGUCCCUAGUGGACUGGUAUUCUCAUGAAUCCGUUUCCCUCCAGGAUGCUGAGCCUUGGGCUGAGGGCUGUGUGCCAGGAAGCCUAGCAGUGCUCUAGGAUCUCCCUUGAGAUCAGCCUUUCUAAGGUGCAGCUGCUCUCUAGAAAGAAGCAGACACUGUCAUACAUAUAUAUACAUAUAUGUAUGUACAUAUACAUGAUCGUACAGCUUGUUCUAUCCAGAGCCAAAUGGAAGGCUUUUACUUUGUGCUGGCCUUUCUUGGACAUCUCUCAGGGGGAGCAGGACAGAUUUUUUUAAUUAUUUUUUCUUUUUACCAUGCCCUGUAGACUAGAACAUGGCCAGUGCAGGGUACACAAAAUCUGGACCAAUAUCUGAAGCACCUGCAAACCAAAAGGGAUCUCCUCACCCUGUUGCUGUGGAGGUGACAGUAGCCUGUGUUUUUACCCAGUCUGGUACUUCUUGGAGACUUGCAUGGUGGGGCAGGAGGAGUGGGAUUUAUACUACAGUUUACAGGGGCAGCCAAGUCAGAAAUUGGGUUUUAGAUGAGGUGGGACUCUAUCAAACCACUCCAGUCUGCAAAGCUGGUUCUUCUUACAUGACAAAUGGUUCACUCGCUCUAUCCUAGCGCUAGCACAGGAGCUGAGAGGGUCUGUCCAGAGCUAGCUGGCAGUUUUGCCAUCCGGGAGGCAGAACAAGUAAUAAACUGUGGUGGGUGGAGAAGGUUGUGUCUCCACUUGGACGGACUGGACAGAAAAGCUGGGGUUGGGAGGGGUGGGAGUGCAGAAAGGAAGAGCAGGCCUUGGGAAUCCACUCACCCUCCUGCCCCUGCUGUUCCACUAGUACCCUCCACUUUCCUCCUGGCCUCAAACUUUUUUAACCUCUGAGCUAACAUGGCUGCUGGCUCUAGCAAAGGCUGGGUGUAUUUAUUGUGUUGUCAUAUUUUUAACAUUCUGUGACUUCACGCUAGACACAAGGGGUUUUUUUUAAAUGGUUUUUAGAACCUUUUUUGUAGGAAUGUUUAAAUCCGAAGCUGUCUCUGAACUGGUUGUGUUACACCUCUGAAUGUCAGUAAAGCUAUUCCAGUUUCAUACA